CAUUUGGCGCGCGUCGAAUAGGCCUGGUUUUUUGUUUGAGGACAGGGUAUUGGAUUGCUAUUAGCCGCAGCGUCCAGGCUAGACGGGAUGCACAUCAAAAAAGUGCUGAUUCGCGGGAUCAAGUCAUACUCGCACCAAGCAGACUUUGACCCGUUUAGUUCGAAGACGAACGUGAUUGGUACGGAAGCGAAUUGCGUUUUGCGUGUGCGAAUUCUCCGCAUUGACAGAUCAGCGUCACCGACUUUUACGAAACGAUGCCGUGAAGUUGGCAAGAAUGGGGCUGGGAAGUCGAACUUCAUCGAUGUGCUCUGUUUUGUUUUAGGUAGUUCGAGGUUCCACAGGAUGAGGAGCGAGGACAGACAAGCAUUUUUGCACAAAGGUCCGGGGGAGGCGGUGUUUUCUGGAUAUGCCGAGCUGCAUUUUGAGAAUUCCGACAAGCGGUUUCCCGUGGAGUCUUCUGAGGUUUCGCUGCGUCGAGUGAUUGGUCUUAAGAAGGACGAGUAUUAUUUGAACAACAAGCACAUUUCUCCGGACGAGGUGGCGAGUUUGUUCGAGAGCGCGGGGUUUUCUCGUUCGAACCCGUACAACAUUGUGAUGCAGGGGCAGGUGCAGACGCUCGCGCGGAUGUCUCCUGGGCGUCGCUUGGAGUUGUUGAAGGAGGUGGCCGGCGCGCGGUUGUACGACGAGAAGAGGAGCGAGAGUUUGCGCAUUUUGGAGGACACGGCGACGAAGUGCGAGAAGAUUGAGCAGGUGUUGGACACGUUGGAGGAGCGUUUGCUGGAGUUGGACGCGGAGCGCGACGAGUUGAGGGAGUACCAGAAGUUGGACCGGGAGCGCCGCGCGCUGGAGUACAGGUUGAAGGAGCAGGAGUUGAGGGAGGUGAGCGAGCGUUUGGAGAGAGUUGGCGCGAGCCGGGGAGAGGAGGUGCAGAGGGCGGGUCGGGUGUACGGGGAGUUUGCUAGGGUGUCGGAGGAGUUGAAGGUGUGCGAGAAGGAGAGGAAGUUGUUGCAGUUGGGGGUGGCGCAGGAGAGCAAGGAGAGGGAGUUGGUGAAUGCGGAGUUGCAGGGGUUGCUGAGACAGGAGGCGGAGUUGAAGUUGGCGAAGAUGGACAUGCAGGAUGUGUCGAGUCGGACGGGGAGUAGAUGGGAGGUGGUUUUGAAGAGGUUGGAGGAGGUUGAGCGCCGGGUUGAGGAGGUGGAGGGUGAGUUGAGGGAGUUGGAGCCUCGGUGCUUGGAGGCGUUGGAUAGGGAGAGGUCUUUGAAGAGCAGGUUGAUAGAGUUGGAGGGUCGAGUUGAGCAUCUGCGCGCGACGCGGGGUCGGAGCCGUCGGUUUAGGACGAGGGAGGAGCGCGAUGGUUGGUUGAGCCGGGAGGUUAGGAUGCUGAGGGAGAGCAUGGAGGGGAAGGAGAGUCGGUGUGGGGUGCUUAGGAGGGAGAUUAGCGAGUUGGAGAGGUCGAUUGAGGGUCACGAGGGUCGGAUUGAGAGGUACAAGUGCGAGACGGGUGAUUUGACUCGCGAGCUCGAGCAGCUUUCGGCGAAGUAUGCGCAGGUGCGCGAGAGGCGAGAUGCGUUUGCGGACAGGAGGAAGGAGUUGUGGAGGUUGGAGAGCGAGUUGGAGACGGAGAUGGUGAAGUGCCGUCAGAGCAUGGCGCGUGCGGAGUACCAGUUGGAGUCAGGAGUUAGUAGGGAUUUGAGUUUGGGGUUGGCGUCGGUGAGGAGGAUAGCGGUUGAGUUGAAUUUGCGCCACAAGGUGUACGGGCCUCUUUUUGAGUUGUUCGAGGUGGAGGAGGAGUACGUGUCGGCGGUGGAGGCGGCGUCUGGGGUUGCGUUGUUCCACGUGGUGGUGGACACGGACGAGACGGCGUCUAGGUUGUUGUCGCGUUUGAACGAGGAGAAGUGCGGGAGGGUGACGUUUAUGCCGUUGAAUCGGGUUCAAGUGAGGAUGGGUCACGUCGGGUUGGCGACGACGGAGCAGGUGCAGCCGUUGACGGGGGUGCUUAGCUACGACCACGCGCGGUUUGGGAAGGUGUUUGAACAGGUGUUUGGGAAGGUGAUGCUUUGCCAGUCGCUGGAGGUUGGGACGCAGAUUGCUCGAGCGUACGGCGUUUCUUGCGUGACGCUGGACGGGGAUCGGGUGAACAGCAAGGGGGCGUUGACGGGCGGUUACUAUGACUCGCGGCGCUCGAAGAUUCGGCUGAUCAAGGAGUUGAGGGCGUCUCGGGAGAGGCAGGAGGAGCUGGAGGGGAAGUUGGGCGAGGCGAAGCGGCAGUUGAGCGAGGUGGAUCAGCGCGUGACGCAGAUAGUGGACGAGUUGGGUCAGUUCGAGGCUCGGAGGGUGAGGGUGCACGACUUGUUCGAGGUGUCGAGGGCGAACGCUCAGGAGGCGCAGGUUGAGGUGCUGGCCGGUCAGGAGCAGCUGCGGAAGAUGAGAUCGACGUUGUCGGAGCAAGAGAAGUCCGCGCGCGAGUUGGGGGAGAGGGUCGCGAUGCUGGAGCGGGAGUUGGGGUUGGAGAUGCCGACGGAGAUGUCCAGCGAGGAGGAGGAGGAGUUGAGUCGGCUCGAGCGCGAGCGCGAGGUGUUAGAAAGGGAGGCGGUGGAGGUUUCGCGCGAGAGGGGCUCGCUGGAGUGCAGCAAGGCGGAACUCGAGAGUUCUUUGACGAGUAGGUGGUUGCCAUUGAAGGCGGAGCUCAAGUCGGAGGUGGCGUCGCUGGAGCUGGAGCGAGCGGACCAGAAGUUGGCGCCGGCGUCGGAGGAGUUGGUGCGCGUGCGGAGGACGAUCAAGGAGCUUAGAGAUCGCGUGGAGGAGUUGGAUCAGUCGUCGGCGGAGAAGGCGCGUCGGUUGGAGGCGCUGGCGAGGCGGAGCUCGGAGCUGCGCGAAAGCGAGUCGGAGCAGGACGAGCGAAUGCAGGAGAUGAGCAAGAAGGUGGAGAGGCUGAUCAAUACGCACAUGUCGCUUGUUGCGAAGAAGAACGAGCUGACGAAGCGCAUGCGCGAGGUCGGGAGCGUGCCGUCGGACACGUUGGAGAAGUUUCGCGACCUGGGGUACGCGGAGUGCUUCGGCGAGUUGCAGAAGACGAAAUUGGCGCUGGAAAAGUACGCGCACGUGAACAAAAAGGCGCUGGACCAAUACAUGAACUUUGCGGAGGAGCGAGACAGAUUCACGGAUCGAAAGCAGCAAAUGAGCGCGGAGAGCGAGGCGGUUCACGCGCUCAUAAGGAAGUUGGACAUGCAGAAGGACGAGGCGAUCGAGAGGACGUUCAAGGGCGUUUCGAAGUACUUCUCGGAGGUUUUCACGGAGUUGACGGGCGGAAGGGCCGCGUUGGUCAUGCAGACGUCCGAGGGCGGUUCCAACGGGGUCGCUGGAGAGUCCGCGGGCCCUCGAAUCAGGUUUUACAAGGGGGUGGAUAUCCGGGUGUCCUUUGCUCCGCCCGACAGCGCGAGUCGGUUCGAGCAGUUGAAUCAGCUGUCCGGAGGCCAGCAAUCAGUGGUGGCGCUCGCGCUGAUUUUCGCGAUUCAGCGCUGCGAUCCCGCGCCUUUCUACAUAUUCGACGAAAUCGACCCCGCGCUGGACGAGAGGCAUCGGUUGGCAGUGGCGAAAAUGAUCACGAAGCUGAGCGAAAAUGUGCAGUUCAUCAUUACGACGCAUCGCCCAGAGAUGGUGCAAUGCGCCUCCAAGUGCUACUUGAUCCAGUUCGAGAACAAGGUCAGCAACGUCGUGUCCGCAUCCGUAGAGGAGGCGUUGGAAAUGAUAAGGGUGGAGGGAGAGGGCGGAGAGAACAUCGACGACGAACAGGCGAAGUUGAGCAAGGACAUGCAAUCCGUGAGCGUGUCCGCGUUCUCGACUGAAAUUGAAGAAGAGGCGCCCCCCGGAGAAGGAGAGUUCCAAGAAGAUGACUCGUGA